AUCUUCUAAUUUACCAUUUUCUUGUUAAAAUCCUGGCACCCACAUGAUUUCGAUGAAUUGGGAUCAUGUUAUCAAUGAGUUGAACUCCUUCGUUCUUGCGGAAAUCGACAUUUGAUUCUUGUAACAAACCCUUGUUCAUUCCAACCCCAAAUCCCAGAUUUUCUGCUUUUUAUAUCAAGUAAAGUUUUGUGAUCAUGGCAACAUUGAUACCAGGGGUGUUAUUGAAGUUACUAGAUGGGAUGAAUUCAGGGGUGAAUCCCACAAGUGAACAUAGGAAUUCACUUUUACAAGUUACAGAUAUUGUGCCAGUUGAUCUUGAUGAGAAAGAUCUAUUUCCAAAACAUGGAUUUUACAUAAAAGUUUCGGACUCAUCUCACUCGAUCUAUGUGAGUUUACCUUUUGAAGAAGAUGAUCUUGUUCUCAGCAAUAAACUGCAGCUCGGUCAAUUCAUUCAUGUCAAAAAAUUGGAGGUUGGUUCCCCUGUUCCUAUAGCCAAAGGGGUGAAACCGCUUCCUGGCCGCCACCCAUUUGUUGGAAUUCCUGAACCAUUGAUUGGGUUGAUUGGAAAAGAGGAGAAGAGUGAGCCUAGAAGAGGUUCUUGGGUUGCAUGCCAAAAAGGAGAAAAUGGGGUUUGUGCAUCACCUAUGGCCAUAAAGGGAUCCCCUUUGAAAUUUGAUCAAAGUACACCUGUUAAAGAAAAGUAUUCGGUGAUCACCGUUAGAUCAGCUGAGAAGAGAAGCUCAAAUGGAAGAGCAUCGGUGUCUAAACUGACUGAAACUCCUGUGCCUGUAAAGAAAAGCAGCGAUACUUCUUCUAAGGUGAAGAUUCCGAGGAGCAAGAGUAGCUUAUGUGACAAAGUGGCAAAGACAUUAAGAAGUCCUUUCAAAUUAGCUGUAGGUACAUCUUCCCUCCUUGCUAAAGUUUUUCUGUUGCAGGCUUGUAGAGUAAAUCUUGACAUGCCCAAUUCUACUCUACGUGUGCAUUUUUCUUUCUCAGUGACUUUCUUCUAUUUGAUCCUACAAGAAUAA